GGAUGGGCGGUCUAAAAACUUCCACAUCAUUCCAAAGAGUUCCAUCGUCACCCCCUUUAAAACCGCCAAUACUCCCCCGUCUCCGCCAUUUCUAUUUCUAUUCCGAUUCUACUCUAAUCUUACUUCCAAAAUAUCUCCCUCUCGGCUCCCUUUGUCGAAGUGAGAUGGCGGCGGCGGCGGAGUCGGAGAGCGAGGUGGUGAACGCGGAGCAGCGUGUGAGGGAAACGGAGGUGGCGGGCGGCGGGGGGAGGCGGAGAUUCCACCCGAUCAUCGUCGGCAUGAUGCGCCCGGCGCCGCCCGGGGACGGGGGGCCGGCGGAGCCGCCGGACAGGAUCGUGCUGGUGAACCCGCUGACGCAGGGGAUGGUGGUGCUACAGGGGAACCCGGAGCUGGUGGCCGAUCUCCUCUCCGGGAGGGAUGGCGGCGGUCCGCCGCCGGCGUCGAGGGCGUCGAUCGAGGCGAUGAAGAUGGUGGAGGUCGGGAAGGAGGAGGAGGCGGCAGGAGAGUGCCCGGUGUGCCUGGACGAGCUCGCGGGGGCGGAGGCUGUGGUGGUGAAGGAGAUGCCGUGCCGGCAUAGGUUUCAUGGGCUGUGCAUCGAGAAGUGGCUGGGGAUGCACGGGUCGUGCCCCGUGUGCCGGUUCCGGAUGCCGGCGGAGGAGGACGGGAGUUCGAAGAAGGGCGGGGGCGGAGAAGAGGGGGAGGCGGACGGAGAGAGGAGGAGGAGGAGGAGGGAGGUAUGGGUUACGAUCAGUUUCAGGCGUGGGGAGAGCAGAGAUCGGCAUCAGAACGAAGCAGCCGACGCUGGUGAUCUGGUGGCAGAUUGACGGGCUCUGAGUUUUGCCGUUUCUGCUUUUCUUUUCUUUUUUUUCUUUUUCCGUCUUUAUUUUAAAGGGGUUUUCUCCUUUUUGUUUAAUAGCGCCACAUGAUGAUAUAUAAAGUAAUAGAGGAUGGCUAGCAUAUGCUUUUAUUUUUCAUAUUUAUUAUCAAAAGAAGAAGAUAAAUUCAAAUGGAAACUAGUUAUCAUUUAAAGUAAUUGAUGAUCAUAAUAAUCAAUGGUGAAUCAAGGAGGACAACAAUGAAAUGCAAUUUAAUCCAAUUCCAGACCAUUUCUUUCAAUCCUAGAAAACGGGAUCAAUCAUACCUUCAGUGAACGUUUCUAGGUACAUGUAAAUUUGCAUGUUUGAAAGUAUGUCUGGCCAAAACUUUAGUAAACAGAUUCGACUGGUUUUACCUAAUUUUA